UCAAAACGGAAGUUGUGAAAACACGUCAACACGUGUUUACAUUCAGACAAUUGUCUAUAUCCAUAUCGGAACUGUCAUUAACCUGUCAACAAAAUGGGGCGCGUGAGAAGGAAGAAGAUGCACAAAGGGGAUAAACCACUGAAAGAGAAAUACAGAACAAAACGCAGGACGAAAGAUUUCGACGAAAUUCACGAGGACAUGAAACCAGGCAAUGCCGAUGCAUUAUUAAACCAAGAUCUGGACUACGACAAGCCCGGCGGUGCACAGCACUAUUGUCUGCACUGCACGAAAUACUUCAUCGGUGCAAGGGCGCUGUCCGACCAUUUCAAAAGUAAACCCCACAAGCGAAGAAUUAAGGCUCUGCAGAUGGAACCGUAUUCCCAGGAGGAGGCAGAGAGAGCAGCUGGGAUGGGGUCGUAUAUCGUGCCCAAGACUGUGGAGGUCAAAACUCAGGGCACCAAGGAGGUCAUGGAAGCUGAGGAACCGGUGAAGGAAGGGACAUAACUCUGUAUGGCCUACUUCAUGUCAAGGCUGUGAUCACAUUGUCCUGGCCAGCCCAGGUUUUCUUCCUCUGAGCUGAUACAGCAUCUUUGGUAGUCUAUGAAACUUAAUUCAUAUGUAUUGGCCUUCAAGGCUAGAAUUAAGUUAACUAGUUUAAACUCAUUAAUGUAACUGAAAUGCACUAUAUUUUGUGUUGUGAUAGAUAUUUGUGUUUCUGUUUUUGGAUCAACUGAGCAGUUAAAACUUAACUAUUAAAAAUUCAAUUAAAUAUUUUUUAAGUAAAUAUUUUAUUUACACUUCUACCUGUUGUUGGAUUGAAAAAAACAGAAUGAAGCUGUUGGUUUUUCAAAAUAUAUAUCUGAUCAAAUGCACAGUCAACUCCUAACAUCUACUAAUAAAGAUAUCAAACCCUUCCCUGACAGAAUGUUAAUGUCAAACUUGACAUUGCUCACAGACUGAUAUGGCUAUUAUUUUGUCAUUAUUGAAAGUAUAAUAUGGCUAGUAUAUUGUCAUAAUUUAUUGCUUAUAUGGCUUAUUUAUUGCUAAAAGCCCAACUAUUUGGCUGGAUUAUUGCUAAAAGUGUGGAAAAGAUAUGGUUGGAAAUCUUUAGGGAUGAGUAUUGGAGGUUUAAGGUGUAUCACGAUAUUUUCCGUUGCACAAGGCCGUAUUGUGAUACGUAUCAUGAUAUAUUACUUAAUUCUACAUUUUGAAUUCAGAAUCAAUUUGAUACAUUAAGGUAUGAACUGAAGUUCAUAAAUGGAACAAAACAAGAUGCUGGUACAACAUGAUGUUUACUCAGUCAAUAAAUACGCAGCCAUCUUGGGGCACAGGAUGCAUGUUAGGUAUUUGGCAAGUGUAGAAUAUUAAACACAUGAUAAAAAUUGAUAUUUGAAAUCACCCAAUAUCGAGCAUGAAAAAAAGAUAUUGUGGUUUGUAUAACGGAAAGAACAAACCUCAAUUUACCUAUAUACCAAUAAUACCACACACCUUAGUUUGAAUAUUUCUAAAAGCAGUCCAGUUGCUGACUGAAGUGAAGACCUGUUGUGCAAUGUCCUGCACGGAACAAAUUUAGGAUUUAUCGCCCCCCCCCCCCCCCCAAACUUUGUUAUGACAAUAACAUUUAUGGAUGAAUCAUUGGUAAUGGGGGACAUUUAUUUUAUAUUUGUUUGUUUAUCUAACCAGGAAGUACAAAUCUGAAAACCAUAACGAAUUAGACCUCACAAACUAGUGGUGGGACAAUACACUAUGACACUGAUGCAUCAGUGGACAGGGGGCGGUCGGGUAGCCUAGUGGUUAAAGCGUUCGCUCGUCACGCCGAAGACCCGGGUUCGAUUCCCGACAUGGGUACAAUGUGUGAAGCCCAUUUCUGGUGUCCCCCGCCGUGAUAUUGCUGGAAUAUUGCUAAAAGCGGCGUAAAACCAUACUCACUCUCUCUUAUCAGUGGACCACAAUCUUUUACUUCUUGAUACAAGUAUCAAUCACAGUUGCACACAAAGUAAAGAAAUAUCGAUUAUUGCCUUGAAUGUUUGCUUCAAUAACUGUUAUUCAAAACACUUUAGUAGUGAAAAUUAAUGGUGAAAACUUAAAUAUUUUCAUCCAUUGCGCCAUACUCGACACUGCCAACUGUAAAUCAUCAGUGUGCCAGGUAUUAGACCAUACUGUUACGAAAUAGAUGGCUUCCACACCACAGAUAAGAGCAGAUACAAGUAUCGUGAUACGUUUUUGAUUGUGAGCAAGGUAUCAUGAUAUUGAUCAGAUUGCUCCGUUGGUGUAUCGUCCCAGCCCUAUUACAAACGUCCCUUUCAUCCUACAAGAUGGUACACCAUGUUUAUCCCUGUUUACUAUAAUCAAGUGUCCGUGUUAAUGUCGACAUACUUCACCUGCUUGUCAUGAACACCAGAGACAAAUCAGACCUAUAUGUUGCAUGGUGUCGGAUAGUGUAAUGUUGACAGUUGGUGUGGUGAUAGCUGAUAGUACUGUAGUGUUGCAGGCAUAGCUCUGUGUCUGUGGUUUUUUUUGCCAAGUUAUGAAAUACUACAUGAAGCUAUUUUCUUAAACUGUAAUUGAUUAUUUUUAUUGUGUUAUUAAGUACAGUAUUUACCUGAUACACGAAUUGCCCUGUUAAUCCCUAAUCCACAAUGAGUUGACAUUGAGUUCAUCUAACAUGAUCGGGAGGUCAGGCUUGCACACUUGGUUGAUGCAUGUCAUCGUAUCCCAACUGGGUGGAUCGAUGCUCAUGAUAUCAAUCACUGGAUUGUCUGGUCCACACUUGAUUGUUUACAGACCACCAUCAUACAGCUGGAAUAUUGUUGAGUGUGGCGUUAAACAAUAAACAAACGAACAAACAUCUCGCUUAUGAGCUGUUGUUAACGUAACGAGAAUGAAUAGAUGAUUUAAAAAUGGCUCUUAUUCAUAGUUGGUUAAGUAGAAAACCUGUCAAGUUGAGAUUUUCCCAGGUCCCUUCAUUUUCUACUUAUCAGGUUUUCACUGUAUUGAGAUAUACCGUAUUCGACGUAAUAAGCGCCCUGCUCUAAUAUGCGCACUUGCUGAUAUUUGCUAAUAUAUUGGCUGGUGAACAAUCCCAAUUAGCACCCCUUCGGAUUGAUCAAUGUACACAAUACAUAUGAUACACACUCGUGUGUUAUAUGCACCCUUAAUUAUGGGCAAUUAAAUUCUGGAAAAAUAUAUUUGUCGCAUAUAAACAUUUCAGGCUGUCAGCAUAAACCAUGAAAUUUACAAUCUUUCAACUCUGUUUUCUUCACCCAAAUAAUAUUCCAAUAAGAGCCCCUUAUUUCUAAUUUUGAGAGCGCCCUGGGCGCUUAUUACGUAGAAUACAGUAUUGGAAACGGUUUAGUAGUCAUGGAUACAGUGUGAGAGACAAAAUCACCUCUGUCAAUCAAUUUUGAAGGGAACCAUUUGUGAAUGGAUUUCUGUGUAGAUUUUAGGUUUAACAAUACAAAUGUUAACAAAAUUGUUUGUAUAUUUUUUACCCGCUAUACUGGAACCUAGUAAGCAUUUAGCAAUUUUAUCGUUUGAAACGCUUAUUGUAGUAUACCGGUAAAAUCGUGCAGUCCUACUGUAGCUGAAGGCUGAUGUUUAGGCUCCAUUUCCCUUUACAUGUACUUCAUAGAAUCAGAUCAGGCAGUAACAGCAAAUUUGAUCAAUUAUGUUAUUGUCUUUUUUGGUAAAAUCAACUUUUAUUUUGUAUGCUGGUAUCUCUUUAGCAGUCAUGUCUCAGUUUGUCACACAUCACUAAUAACAUUGGACGGCUAUUCGUAGUGCUAUGUCAGUUGAAUCAAGAAAGAGACAACCAAAUGUAUAUUCUGGGCUAUACUGACCUUUCAUUAAUCAUCCAUCAGUAUCUCCGAAUGGCGAACAAAUUUAAAGUCAGUAGACCUUUGGUUCUUCAUUUAAAAGGUCCAUAAUAAACUUUUGCCCCAAAUCAUGCUGGUUUCAGAUGUUUACCACUUUGGCGAAAAUCAUGAGCAUGGGUAUAUUGCUGAAAAAAUCCAGAAACAAAAUGAGGCUGAAUGUUUAAAAUAUCGAGACCUAGUCCCAAAAUGGACACCAGAUCAUGGAGGAUAGUCCCCCUUUAACUGCCCACCCUAAACUGAAGGCAAAUGAAUCAGUCAGGUCCAAGGGACCUAUGUCUGCAGUGUUACAUUGAAUGAGGUAGAGUCUGGCUGUCUUUUCUUUGUUGUUUUUGUUUAUUGUUGUUAAAGAUACCAAAACAACAAACACAACACCAAUCAGUGUUUGUAAGCAAGGUACAACAGUGUUUUGGAUGUAAUGUUUUUGUAUGAAAUAAAUUUUGAAAAUGUG